UACCACGAUAUAUCAACGGCAUAUGCAUCAUUUUGUUACGUUAAAUAAAACUUAUAAUUCUGAAAAUGCAGAUAUCAAUGUACCAGUUUUGAAGUUGUCAAACUCUUCAACUAACCAGUAGUUUAAAAAGGUGAGAUCUUCAAUUUGUUUCACCGUGGAUUUCGUAGAUUCUGAAGCAAGUGGUCAAAGAAAUGGAUGAGAAAGAGAAAGGAAGAAAACAUGCAGAGGACGAAGGAAGCGAAGCGAGAAGAAGAGAAGUCACGCGACGUAACAUCGCGCUCUCGCUGCUCUUGAUAAUUAUAGUUAUCUUCUCGAGUUUCUUAGAACGGUUAGGCGAACCCCUCCUUGAACCUCCUGCUCUUACUGAGAAUCCGUAGGGAAACGCCUCGAGCGAAGAGAAAUCGAAGAGCAAGCGAGAACGAGAGAAGAAAUCGGAGGGGAAAGAAUGAGAAUGAGGGAACAGCCUGGAUGAAACUUACGUAUAUACACAGGACGAAAGAAUUCUGAUCGCAGAAGUUGACGGCAUUCACAGCGAGCGUCUUCGGCACGAACUUAAGGAAGAUUCCGGAAGACAUUAAAUGUAACUGGAUUUUGGAGGGAUCAAUUGAAGAUCUUCAAAGUUUAACAAAAGAAACUUGUGUGAAUGUGAAAUCAAACUUUAAGAAUCCGAUUUUGAUUCGUGUUUAACGGAGUAAUCGUUGGAUUUAGUGCUGUUAAAGAACAUUACGGUGAUUUCAAAACUUGUAAGAGUUCGCUUCGUGAAUAAUUUUGAAGAUGAAGACAUUUUUGCUUAUAAUCUACAUUCAAUUUAUAUUAACCGUCCUUGGCAGGCAUCACAGAGACAGUGGUUUCUUAAAUCACGUGCAGUUGGUGCAUCAGUUCCGAUGUUCUCUGCCUCAACUGAGAGCUGUUCCAGUAGAAGAUCUUCUCAACAUAGGUCCAGAGCCGGACGAGAUCUUUUAUCCUGCAUCCACGGUUCUAACACGUUGCGCCGGGUCAGGAUGUUGUCCUGAUUCUAGACAAGUUUGCGCUCCGGUCGAGACCAGAAACGUUAGUCUCGUUUUCAUGGUUAAGCAUCGCAUCGAUCAGCAACGAGAUCGUCAUCAUGAAAUUAUUCAUGCCCUGGAACAUACUAAGUGUGCCUGUAUAGAUGAAAUCCUAGCCGCAAAAAAUUCCACGCUUUAAAUGUGAAUGAUAGUCCUGAAAAAAAAAUUCGUAACCUAAAAUCAGAUUAAUUGAGAUUACUUUUUGAAUUUACAAAGAUCGAGAACGAAGGCUUUGUUUCUGUGAUAUUUUCAUUGUUUUGUAUUUCAUUUUUUUCUAAUAAACUUAUAUUACAGCAAACUUAUAUCGCUUGAU